AGCAAACUUUCAGGAGUGCUGGGUGUUCUUUUGCCUCUGCUGUGACGGAGCCAGACUCAGAGGAGUAGAGGGACUCCCAGCAACUUGUGUCUGAAGCCGAGCAGGUCCUGACCAGCUGCCACCAUGUCCAGCAAACGUGCCAAGGGAAAGACCACCAAGAAGCGGCCUCAGAGGGCCACCUCCAACGUCUUCGCCAUGUUCGACCAGUCUCAGAUCCAGGAGUUCAAGGAGGCGUUCAACAUGAUCGACCAGAACAGGGACGGUUUCAUCGACAAGGAGGAUCUGCACGACAUGCUGGCCUCUUUGGGUAAGAACCCCUCUGAUGAAUACCUGGAAGGAAUGAUGAGCGAAGCGCCGGGGCCCAUCAACUUCACCAUGUUCCUCACCAUGUUCGGAGAGCGGCUCAACGGGACGGACCCCGAGGACGUCAUCCGCAACGCCUUCGCCUGCUUUGACGAGGAGGGAUCUGGCGUGAUCCACGAGGACCACCUGAGGGAGCUGCUGACCACCAUGGGCGAUCGAUUCACGGAUGAGGAGGUGGACGAGCUGUUCCGCGAGGCGCCCAUCGACAAGAAGGGCAACUUCAACUACGCAGAGUUCACUCGCAUCCUCAAACAUGGAGCAAAGGACAAGGAUGAUGAGUAAAAGAAGACCCCACACCCCACCCCCCACCCCAAUGUACACACUGCACCAUAAAUCCAUCAGCAGCUCCUCCUUGUAGAUGGGAAUAAUUUAAAUGAGUCCAGCAUUAGUGUGUGAUGAAACGGGGCAGGUGUCGGUCAGAAGUUUUGGACUCUAAGGAUGGAUUCUGCACCAGAGUGUGCAUGGGGGGUGGGGGGGUCUGUUGGACUUUGUUUCAGUGCAGUACCAGCCUUGUUUACUCCUCUCUCUGCCAGUUCGCUGCUGCACUUACACAAGAACAGCUUUGUAAGAUCUUCGUCUGAUUAAAAACAAAUGAUUGUUUUUGACAACCAA